AUGUCACGAAGCUCGCGACGGCAUACUGCACCGUCCCCAUUCGCCCGCAUGCUCGCCCUUGCCGUCCUCGCAUCCGCUCCACUCGGAUCCAGCGCGUCGCUCUUUCGACGAGCAGUGCCAGUGCCGGGAGUGCUCGUAGCGGGAGACUUUCUUUGCAAGGAGGAGGGACUGUGUCUGCCGUGCCCAGCGGAAGAGAUGCAUACACCGGUCUGCAAAAUGUACGGCAACCGGAGACCGCUCAGCUGCAUCCCUCGACGGAACGCACAACCCAUUUCCAACUCGUUCGUCCCCUCGAAGUCAGCCUCUCCCGUCGACGCGCAACCAGAUCCCGCCGGAACCGUCAAGCUUGACGCCGAGGUGAAGGACGCACACGGUUUCGACGAAUCUGGGCGGUUAGGCGACGCGGCGAAGGGUGCGGCAGCACAGAGACCGCCUGUGGUGGGAGGGGAGAAGCUGUCUCCGGCACAGCAGGAGCUGAAGGAGGCGUUGGAGAAUGACCGGCGUCGGAGAAGAAGUGCGAGCGAGAGGCGGGCGGACGAGCGCGAGUGGGAACGGUUAUCGAAGCGGCAGUCGGGCGUCCAGCUGAACGUCGAUGCGUGGGAGGCGUGUCCGAAGGUCCUCGCAUCGGAGUACCACGACUACUUUGAGUUCAUCCUCUGCAACGCCGCCUUCGCCGCGAUUGCCGGUAUCGUCCUCGUCUUCCGGCAACGAGCGCUGGCGCUUCGACAGUUUGGACGAUUAGCGGCCAGGAUCAUGCAGACGCAGGUGUCGUAG